UCCAGAGUUCUGGACAAGAUUAUAAAUGAAUGAAUCAAGCAAAGAGUUGGUGUUAUACCACAAAGAUCAUCUAGGAAUGAUCCCUCUCCAGAUUCUUUAACGCCAUAAGAGUGUGUAAGUACUCGGCAGAGGCCACGGUGCUGGGGGAUAUUCUGGAUAUUACAAAAACACAUUUGAGGGCAUUCCUCCCUUCCAAGGAUCUUUCUUAAAAUGUAAGUACUGUUAAAUUCCUCUUUAUUUGACUUUUUUUCCCCCCUUAGAUUAAAUUGCUUUCAAACUCAAAGUCUAUUUAAGUCUUUGGUUUUAAUCAUUGUCAAAUCUGAGUGUCUACUGCUCAUUUUUUGUUUGUUUUUUGUUUUUUGUUCUGGGACUAAGAAUCUGUCUUUGACGUCAUAGCUGUUUCAUAGCAACCUUGACCCAAGUGAAUGAUGAGCUCUUCUGUUCUGUGGAGGUAAGGGAGUAGGCCGAGAGGUGGGCAGGAUUAUGUAUCCCCCCCCAAAAAAAUACCUUCAGUGCCCUUGGGAGGGAAGAGUGUCUAGAAUGGGGAGAGGGGCUGUAUUGGGUAUCGCCCCUCUUGCGGAUAAACAUUUGGAUUCUAAAAGGGCAGCUCGGUCCUUGUCUUCAUGAAUUUUUCAUUUCUAUUUAAAAUUCCUUACCUGUGAACAGUGUUUCACACUUUACAAAGUGUUUUCAUGCACAGUUUAUCAUUUAUUGCCCAAAGUGACCCUCCUGAAGUAGGCCAGGUGGUCUUAAUUUACAAAGGAGGAAAUAGAAAUUCAGGAAGGAUUGAUCACUUGUCUUCCAGUCCAUAGUUCUUAAUUCUUUUUUACAGAAGGGUCUAGGAGCCUUUGAAGUCAAUAAUAACUUAAUGCAAGGUAAUCCUCUUUUAUUUAUUUAUUUUUUUAGACCUGGUAUUUGAUUUCUUGGCCAGAUUUAACUGGGGUUUCGAAGCCCUUUAAUUUGGAUCCUACAGUUCGGAGAGGGGAGGCAGGGGUGAGGAAGAAUAGCUUUGCUAUGCAUUUGAAGUAAUUUGGACAUUGACUUCAGAAGCUGAAAUCUCUUCCAUCUUUGUCUUCCCGAGAGGGUGGAUUUAAGUUCAUUACAAGGGCGUGGACAGAAUGAGGACUGGUGAGGUAGUCACCGACAAGCAAGAGCUAGUAAAGCAGCAACGUGGUGACUUUUUCCCUGCCUGUGGCCUCAUCUGUUCAUAAGGACUGGAUUUGUGUUGAUCAAGUUGCAGCGUUUCAUUGACAACGGGUGCAUCCUGUGUUUUGACGCUGAAGGAGAGCUUGUGUCAAGGGAAUGAAGUGACGCCAUAGAGGAUUCACCUGGGACACUUCGGGUGCCGGCUGACGGAGGUGAGACAUGAGGACCUCGGCCGCUGGUUUCCUCCUCGGGAGCCUGGUGUUGGCCUUUAGUCUGCCUUUGGUGGUGACUUUACCAAAAACACUGGCCAUCCCAAAGAAACUGCAGCAAGCCGUGGGGAAGGUUAUUGUCAAUGCCACCAGCUGCACGGUCACCUGUGGCCUUGGCUAUAAGGAGGAGACCGUCUGCGAGGUGGGCCCUGAUGGCGUGAGAAGGAAGUGUAUGUCUCAGCGCUUAGAAUGUCUGACCAACUGGAUCUGUGGGAUGCUCCAUUUCACCGUUCUCAUAGGGAAGGAAUUCGAGCUGAGCUGCCUGAGUUCAGACAUCCUGGAGGUGGGGAGGGAAGCUUUCCGGUUCACCUGGCGACUUGCUCGCGGUAUCAUCUCAACUGAUGAUGAAAUCUUCAAACCCUUCCGGGCCAGCUCGCACUUCGUGAGGUUUGAGUCUAUUCAGGAGUAUGACUCUGGGACAUACCGGUGUGAUGUGCAGCUGUUAAGAAACUUGAGGUUUGUCAAGAGGCUCUAUUUUGGGCUGCGGGUCCUUCCUCCUAACUUGGUGAACCUGAAUUUCCAUCAGUCCCUUACUGAGCAUCAGAAGUUAGUCGAUAAGGGCCUGGAAGUGAAUCUGGACAAUGGUUCUAAGCCUCACGGCCCAUGGAAAAAGAAGGUGGCUGUAGCUUUGGGAAUAGGGAUUACCAGUGGAGUGGCUGGUGGUGUGUUGGUGAUCAUUGCCCUGGGCAGUGGGCUGAGGCUGAUCUAUAGCAGUACCGGCCUUGAGUCCUUCAGAGCCUCCCUCCAGAAAGGCUGGCCGCCCAGGAACCUGCUGGGCCCGUUCAGGAAGCCAGGCUAGCUUUUUAAAGGAGUAUCUGGUGGUCUGAUUGUGGCCUGGCUAGGAGGGAGGGCUUCCACCGCCAAAGGAGUGAGAGGGGCACAUGGAGAGGGGCAACAUCAUGGUAGCACGAUGGGCAGUACUCCAGAUGGAUCUCUUCCUGAUCUUCCUGCCACUAGGCCCCCAGAAAGCCUAACCGUAGGCACCGCCACUGCUCCUGGGAAGAGUUCUAGCUUCCGGGUUUGCAUUCACUAUCUCUUACAACUUGAUACCUCUCCACCUCUGUCCCUUCUGAGCAGUAUAAUCACAUAGAAGGACGUGUUAAUAGCUUUUCUAGUGGAAACCUUUUUUUCCUCUUCAAUAAAAAUCAUUCAUAGUAGCUGCGUGGAGACUAAACCUUCUCUACUCUUUAGUUAAAAAUCUCUUGCAUCUGUUUAAAUUGUCCCAUGAUCUGUCUAGCUUUCCUUUUCCUCCGAUUUCUUAGAAGAGACAUUGCACACACUGCUUUGUAGGAGGGCAUAUGCCCUCUUGUGGCGGAGCCAGGGCUGUUAGUAAUGACAUCUGACCUGGGUAUGUUAACAGUCACUAAAUGUUAAUAAGUUGUCUGCCUCUUCUGUACUCCCUGGGCGAACCCUCUGUGUGUGGUGUUAAAUUGAUUCCUGGUGGAACACUGGAUUCUUCACGUCUGGUAGGUUUCCCCUGAACAGUUCCUCGACUAGCUCCCUGCUCCUAUCCUCCUUGCUCUUCCAAUGCCCUGAAGCAUGUGUUCCUGGAGAAUCAAGUGUAUUAGUUUCUUCAAGCAGCCAAGGCUGCCCAAGGAAGGACUAAGACCUUCCUACCUCCAUAGGAAAUCAGUCCUAAGACCCUCAGGGGCCAUUCAGACUGUGUGAGAUGAUAAUUGGCUUAUGGGAUUGUCAGGGAAAAGGCUCUUGGCCACCAGCUGAGCUAAUUCUGAGAAUUUGGAGCAUUUCUUCCCCUUACUUUUUCUCUAGCUGCAGACGUGGGGUAGAUGUGAAGACUUGGACUCUAGUGGUCCUUUCUCUGUGUGUCUGAAUCACCCGGAUGAGCUUUUAAAGAAUGAGGUUCCUGAGCCCCAACCCCGAGGAUCCUAAUAACUCAGUUUAAAUUAUGGCUAAUGGCUCUCUAUUAUUCUACUGUUAAAAAUAAUUUCAGGGGCGCCUGGCUGGCUCAGUUGGAGUGUGCGACUCCUGAUCUCGGGGUUGAGUUCGACCCCCUAUGUUGGGCGUAGAACUUAAUUAAAAAAGCAGUUAAGAUAAUUUCAACCCAUAGAAAAGUGGAAAGAAAAAUUUGAUGACAACCCAUAGAUCCUCUACUUAGAUUCACCAGUUGUGAAUGUUUUUCUACGUUUAUCUUUCUCUAAAUAGAUGCUGAUUUUACUGAACCACUUGUGAGUUAGUCACAGACUUUGUGACCCUUUACUCCAAAAUCACGUACGCAUCUGCUAAUAAAGACGUUCUCCUGUAGGACGACAGUAUCUUCAU